UUCCUGUAAAGAAGCAGGUGCCUCUGUGAUUAAUUCCUGAUGCAGUUUUGAUUCAAAUUGAUUGUUUGAAUUGCUGAAGAUGUCAUCAGGCCUUACAGAGGAACAAAAGAGAAGAAUUGAAGAGAACCGCCAGAAGGCUUUGGCUAGGAGAGCAGAGAGGCUAGCAGCCCAGAGAACUGGGCAGGUGGGGAUCACUGGACCUCAGGUGAAAGAACAGAGUCCAGGCAAUUCGGGAAACUUGAAGGAAAAAAACAAUCAUGUCAGGUUCAUUAGCCAGCACCAACAGAAUCCAAACAGUCCUGUGGAGCAGAAGAGCUAUCUUCAGGAAGAUUAUAAUCAUGAUACUGCAAACCAACAGAUGGCUGGUUCACAUGGAGAGCAACAAAAGAAUUGUUCAGAGGGCUCGGAACAAGCAAGUGGCAUUAAGCAGUUCCCUAUAACGAUCCCAAAUUCUCUGAGUUAUUCCCAGAAACAUGACUUGGAUGCUGGUGGUCAGGGACAUGGACAACAAGCUUUAAUUAAUCUUGGUACAUUCCAGCAGCCCAAAUGCUACCCAGCUUUCAAAAACCCUACAGAACUGUCUCAUCCUAGAUUAAUUGAUAACAGGCACCCUGACGGUAGUAAAAAUUUACAAAGUCAGAACAAAUCUGCCAUAAAAUAUGUUUCACCACCAAGCAGCGCCACCCCGAGUGAUUCAGAAAUGCUGAUAAACACAAGCAGACCAACGAAAAGAGAAGGGGGAGGUGGUGCGUUUCAGGCCAGUGGUAGGAUGCAGAUGCAGAAGCUGACCAGUUCUGCUGGUGCAGGCUCUACCUUUGAAGCUGCCUCUUGCAAGAAAGCAAAUAGUGUUACAAAAGGAAAAUGUGUGAAAUAUGGGGAAGACCGAUUCCAGGUUGAAAUAGGGUAUAAUGCUGAACUCGUUGCUGUGUUUAAGAAGAUACCAAGCAAAAGCUAUGAUGCUGCUAUGAAAAAAUGGAAUUUCAGCCUGGAAGAUUACAGCAGUUUCAUGGAAGCAGCAAAUCAACUUUCGUCAGUAAUUCUGGCACCACUGGAAGGAGAAAGUGUGGCUGGCUUGGCAUCAGGCUCUCAUUUUGUUGGCAGUAGGGUUGAUGUGAAUUCCCUCCUGAAGAUGUGUAAGAACUGGAAGAAACCCUCAGCCCUUGUCAAAGGGAAGUGUGUGCUGAUCUCUCGCUUGCGGUUUGAGGUUGAUAUUGGGUAUUCUGCAGAAGUGAUUGGAGUGUUCAAACAAAUGGAUUCCAGAAAUUAUGAUAUUAACACCAGAAAGUGGAAUUUCCUGCUGGAGGACUAUCCUAAACUAAUGGAAGUGUUACAGAGCCUUGUGUCAGUAGAAGUGGAGCCACUGCCCGAGGCAGUAAUACAAACCUUUGCUGCUCGAAUACAGAGAUCUACAUCACAGACAGACAUUCCUGAUGCUGACCUUUCAGUAGUGGACUCCAAAAUUGUGACGAGCCUCAUGCCCUUUCAGCGGGAAGGUGUGAAUUUCGCAAUUUUAAGAAAUGGACGUUUACUUCUUGCGGAUGACAUGGGCUUGGGCAAGACCAUCCAGGCGAUCUGCAUUGCUGCAUAUUACCGAAAGGAAUGGCCCUUGCUGGUGGUGACUCCUUCUUCUGUGAGGUUUACAUGGGCAGAGGCAUUUCACAGGUGGCUUCCAUCCUUGAGUCCAGGUAGCAUCAAUGUCAUAGUGACUGGCAAAGACAACCUAACAGCAAGCUUGAUCAACAUCAUCAGCUUUGACCUCCUCAGCAAGAUGGACAAGCAGCUUAGGAGCACUUUUCAAGUAGUUAUUAUUGAUGAAUCUCAUUUCCUAAAGAACAUAAAAACUGCACGAUGCCGAGCUGCCAUGCCUCUACUCAAGGCUGCCAGGAGAGUGAUCUUGCUUUCGGGAACCCCUGCCAUGUCACGGCCCGCGGAGCUCUACACGCAGAUCGCGGCUGUCCAGCCAGCCUUCUUCCCACAGUUCCACUCCUUUGGGCUACGAUACUGUGAUGCUAGGAAGAUGCCAUGGGGUUGGGACUACUCUCGAUCAUCCAACUUAACUGAACUGAAAAUUUUGCUGGAAGAGUCCAUCAUGGUCCGACGUCUGAAAUCAGAUGUGCUUUCCCAGCUUCCAGCAAAGCAACGCAAAAUGGUUGUGGUGGCUCCUGAAGGCAUUAGCGCAAAGACUAAAGCUGUCUUGGCAGCUGAAGCAAAGAAGAUGGCUAAAGGAUAUGAAAGUAAACAACAAGAGAAGGAAGCUCUUCUCCUCUUCUACAGCAGAACGGCAGAAGCUAAAAUCCGCUCAGUCAUAGAAUACAUCCUGGAGUUACUGGAAAGUGGGAAUGAUAAAUUCCUGGUGUUUGCUCAUCACAAGAUAGUGCUGGAUGCAAUAGUUGCAGAGCUGGAGAAGAAACAUGUUGAAUACAUUCGCAUUGACGGCUCCACACCUUCAGCUGAGCGGCAGUCUCUGUGCCAGAAGUUCCAGUUCUCAGAGAAGCAGGUUGUGGCUGUCCUGUCCCUCACUGCCGCAAACAUGGGCCUGACAUUGUCUGCUGCGGACCUGGUGGUGUUUGCAGAGCUCUUCUGGAAUCCGGGGAUUUUGAUCCAGGCAGAAGAUCGGGCACAUCGAAUUGGACAGACCAGCUCCGUUAAUGUUCACUACCUAGUGGCUAAAGGCACAGCAGAUGACUACUUAUGGCCAAUGAUUCAAGAGAAAAUCAAAGUGCUGGGGGAAGCUGGUCUUUCAGAAACCAAUUUCUCCGAAACAGCUGAAUCCACUAAUUACUGCCCUAAGCCAGAUCCAAAGCAGAAGACCAUCUAUGACCUUUUCCAGAGGACCUUCUCUGAGAGCAAAGAUGACACUGAUGAAGUUUUGCUUUUGGAGGCAGCUGAUGCUUGUUGUGAGUUUGACUCUGGCAGUGCCUUGCACGGUACAGAAGGAGAGACAUGUUCAGUGAGUCCUCCCAAAAAGCGGCGUAUUGAGGAGUUUUAAAAAGUGUAAUGGUGACAGCAAAAGAGAAUGUGGCUGAGAUUUUUUUUUUUAAUU